AUGAUUGACCACCUGCUCGGCAGACCGUCUACCAGGUUGAAGAGGUUGCAGGUGCUGCUCGUCAUUGCCUUUUGGUCCUGGGUACUCAAAGCUGGUGGACGAGAUGGACCAAAGCGGGUACCAGGAACCACGUGUUUGUCCAAAUGGGGACGUGAGUGUACGAUGCAAGCUGAUAUGGAGCUGUCAGGUGCUGGCGUGGAGGAGUGGAGCAUCAGAUCUCGCGAGCCACAUGUGGAUCAGAUGUACAUAGAACGCGGGUGUCUGUGAACCAGCAGAUUUCUGAAAAGCAUCCUCUACUCCAUUUGCAGGGCGCUGGUCACCCUGGCAGAUUAUUGUAGCGACCCUAACGUCGGUGUACGCCAUUCGACAUCUCGAUGCUCUCUUUGGCUUCGGCGCCCCAGAGCCACUAGCUAGGAUGGUGAGUUCCAGUGGUCGCAAGGGAUGCAAUCUGGCGGAGGCGCUGAAGCUUCAUGCAUCAUUUGCUAGUACUCUCGCUCCUUUUACCGGGUCACAUGGAUCGUCACGGCACUAGGUGAAUAUGAGAAUGAGUAAGGCACAGCGAUUUUUGAACACUGACGACCGUACUCAUCACGUCAGACGCUGGUUUUGCGACCGCCAUGACCAUCAAGCCUGUGUGGCUGAGAGUGAGCAACGAGUCUCGGACAUGGAAGCUGCUGCAACGGGCUCGUAAGCUGACGGGUGCUUCGAGCCAUAUCAGGAUAUCGCGAGCAUUCUUUUCUCUCUGUACUACAUUGUGUAUGCCAACGAAGCCGACGAGAAGCUGAGGAAGUUCAGAGCUUUCUGUACCAUCGAGAUGAUGCGCGCCACCUGGCACAAAGUGAGUGGACCCGCCAUGAAAGCGCGACCAAGUGCUUAUUCCGCUGACAUGGACAUGGAGUCCUCUUCACCUUGUCCAGACUACCAAUCCAUACAUCCGAGCCUUCACGGUCGUCCAUCGACCAAGCCUGGGCAUCGCGAGACCACUAUUGUUACCCAGACCUGCCCUUGGCGCGCAUGCAAAGAGGCCCACUCGUGCGUGGCUCUUUUACGCCGGAACAGAGAAGGAGUUGCGCGAAGAGGAAGAGGUGAGCGCAUAGACAAUCAGAUCUACACAACGUGCGGAAUUUGAAGCUGAUCGGCCUUUCCAUAGCUCUUGCUCGACUUUCCCGGUGGCGGAUUUGUGUGCAUGGACCCGCGCCAUCACGAGGAGCGAUUGCGACAAAUGGCCAAAGAAGGCCAGCGGCCCGUUCUGUCGGUAGAUUAUUGCAAAGCGCCAGAAUUUCCAUUUCCCGUGAGUGGUGUCUCGGUGCCUUGGACGUGACAUCGAGCUCAUCAUCUGCCCUUGAUCCUGGAAACAGUACGCUCUAGAGGAAUGCUAUGACCUCUACCGCACGCUGCACGAGUCAGGCGGUAGUGUGAUCGGCAUGUCGGGCGCCUCCCAAUUCCGAAUCGUGUUGACUGGUGAUUCUGCUGGUGCUAAUUUGGCGGUGGCCACCCUAUUCAAGGUGCUUGAGUACCCGCAGCCCCACAUUCAGAGCGCUUUCGCAACCAAAGCGGCAGGCGGUCCAGGGAGCAAGCCUCCUGCCCUGCCGAAACCUCUGGCGAUGGUACUUGCAUAUCCCAGUCUCAACUUUGGCUUUUCCAGCUGGAUGAAAGUGAGUGUUGGAUCUCGUCACCUCCGCUACAAAGUCUCUGUCAUUGUUGACACUCAGUCGCGGCACAGCCCGACCACAUUAGGGUGCUCCGCCAGCAGAGUGAGGUCAACCUCGAGUCUUUAGCAGGCGACUCUGUCCACGCUGUGAAGAGUAAGGGGUCGCCACUCAAUCCAGCACGAUCUCGAUCACGCUCACGACGAGGUAGCCAAAGCUCAACCUCGGUGCGACGGCCUUCUUCAAACAUGCAUCUCGAUGAAGCCAAGGGUCGUCACGAGAACGCUAGCUCGCGCAAGGGCGGCAAAGGCAAGGAAAAGCCCUCUGUGCCCUCAAGAUAUGAGUCUCUAGCUUCUCAGGCAGAGCUGCAUCUAGCAGAGCGGGCCUCGUUCACCGCGGCUGAACCGCAAAGUGACGAUGGCGAUAUGUCGCCCCACCAGCCUGGCGGAACGGUCUCUGGCGACUGGGACAAAGAUUUGUGGAUGCGACGGCACCCGAGCGAUCUCGAAGCUGACGCAGCAGCGGAGGCGGAAAGAGCUGCGAUCGUUGCAGCCGAAGAGCAGCAGCGAAUUCUAGAAGCUGCUGCCUCCAAAGCUGAUCAAGAGAUGAGCGACCGACAAAAGACGUCGAGGGUGAAUACUCGCCUGACAAUGAGUUCCAUGGCAGGCUACUUUCAAGAUCGUAUCUUGACGCAGUCGAUGAUGAGAGCAAUGGCCAUUCUUUACGUUGGCCCGAGGCGCCAGCCAGACUUUGAUCACGACUAUUUCUUGUCCCCAAUCGUCGCCCCGGCACGACUUCUUGCGGAGUUCCCGCCCUGUCUCUUCGUGUGCGGAGAAAAGGACCCGAUCUGUGAGUCGCUCAAUUUGAGCCACAUGUGCGGGGCCAUCUGCUGAUUCUCAGCUAACUCACUCUCCUGUCAGGCGACGACACUGUUGUGAUGGCUGGUCGCAUCAGAGAGGCCAAGCUGGCGAAGCAAGCGGAACUGAAGCGUCGCAGAGCUGGCGCUUCUGCAAGAUUCGGAGAACAGCUUCGCAUGUCGCUUGGCGGGUCUCCUCACGUGCAGCAUGAUCCUAUUGAAGACGAGACCGUAGAGGAUUGGGUUCAGAUGCGCAUCAUCGAGGGCUAUUCACAUGGUUUCUUGCAGGUAAGCACAGGUCCGCUUGUCGCCUCGACGUGAUCUGGCUACAAAUUGCUCAGCCCAUGUUCUGGACUGUCUCGUCUCCAGAUGUCGAGCUUACUUCCGGAGGCGAAACAGAUAAUCACCUUCAUUGGCCUGUGGAUCACUGAAAGCUUCGACGACCGCAAUGACGAGCUCGACGCGAUAGUUGCGAAGCAGCAAGUGUCCGCAACCCAGAGUGCUCAUGGAGAGCACGGGCUGCAAGCGGUGUCCAGCGCUGCGAAAAACAUUCCUUUGCAGCUGUCAGCAUCUGCCGUUCGGGGUGAUGACGAUGAUGACGACGAGCCUCUUAGCUUCACCCCUCGCUCAAUGCGAUCGCCUACUACGAGCACUGCCGAACUGCCUCCCACGAGCCCUUCGCAGACAUCUGCACCAACCCUUGUCGCCAGAGGACAGCCUUCACCCAGCGCCUCGGCCGCGAGCGAAAAGCUCCGACCACCCGCUGUCGCUGCGCUUGCUCGCAAUCAUCGACCAUUGUCGUUUAGCGGCACCAACACGGCGGACAGGCCCAAGCAAGUAUCGGACCUGGCGGCUGCCGAAGCGGAUGAAGCCGACUCUCCAGCCAGCCGCAGGCGACUGUCGGAUUCCAGCAGCUCCCUGGUCGCUUCCCGCAGAGCGGCACGCGAAGCCGCAGGUACGGCUUUGGGGUCACGAAGGUACAGCAAAGAGCCGAAUGGUGCAGGAAAUGGUCCUUCUAGCGCGCUGUUGGAUGAGAAGUACCAAGCUAUGCUUGUCAAAGAGAGCAGCUUGUUGCAGCGUCGACGCGAGGAUGCCUUGGCCAGCAUGACUCAAGGUGACGCUGCAGUCGAGAACUCGGCGGUCAUCUCGAGCGACGAGGAGUCGGAGGAAGACGAACAAGAAGCAUCAAGGGGCAGGACUUAG